AUGCCACCCGAAAGCGACACGGUUAUUGACUAUACCACUAAAGAAGUGGUAUCAGGUCCGGAGAUCAGCGCUGAGGAAAACAAUAACACAACUCCUGAUGAUUUCAUGCUGCUCCAACAACAACCACCAAGUGGAGCUUCUUCGCACUACACCCCAGUCGAUCCAGUAAAAGACGUCUUUAACGGUUAUGAUCAUUCGGGAUCAUCAUCAUCUACUACCGGUGGCCUCUUUGGUGUGUCACCGGCAGCAGCGACAGUCGAUUUUCUCAAGGACGGAAGGUCGAGUGACAUACCACCCAGUAGUAUGUUUGAGGAUAGUCGAGUUAUGACGAGUCCUGUUGCGGACCUCUCGUGGCUGGGCACCAAGCCAGCGACUUACAACCAGGAAUUACCAACUCAACGGUCCUCGACUACAGCGCAACGGUUCAUUUCACCACCCGAGUUGACAUAUCCUCCUAUGGGAGAUCCUCUAUUCUCGACAGUGCGAAGCGCAUUAGAUGGUAUGGGAACUCCACGAGAGGCGGCUGGUUACGGCGGCUUUGCGUCGCGUAUGGGGAGUCAGCGUCCUCGGCCGGUGAAUCUUCAUCAACAGCAGAAGCAGCAACAAGCGUCAAAUAUUUUGGAUAAAAAGGUGCAAGAGGAGCACGAUCGUUUAAUCGCUGAGCGAAUGCAGGCCGAGCUGGAUAGAGAGUAUGAAGAACGUUUGACUUCAGCCCCUCUCCCGUGUGAGGCGGUUCAGCACAAACAGAAGAAAAAAGAGAAGAAAAUGGGAAAAAUGCCCAAGGCGGUAAAAGCUGUGAAAGCUUCAUCUGCGUCCUCUACUCCUUGGGGGUCUCCUCCUAAAAACGAAGAGGUUAAUAAUAACGGUAACGCGAGUGCAGAGGAGGACUUAGCACACGAGAUGGCCGCACAUGGUAUAGUGUUGAAGAAAGCUAAAGUGAAGUCGCAUAAAAAUGGCCGUCAACAGAAUCAAAGGAUGUGGCGGAAGGAUGGUAUGGAAUGCUCUGCUCUGGACUCUCCGAAGCGCUCAAGUCAUAUCAUGUGGCGGAAGGAUGGUAUGGAAUGCUCUGCUCUGGACUCUCCGAAGCGCUCAAGUCAUAUCAUGUGGCGGAAGGAUGGUAUGGAAUGCUCUGCUCUGGAAAAUAAUUCCGAAGGUGAUAUGGUUAUAUUUGGUCCAGCAGGAGGGCAGGGUGGCGCAUACGUUACUCGUGGGGAGCUGAAGACUUCACUCGACAGAGUCCACCAACGAUGCGAGGCAGCACUUAGUGGGGAAGGCAGUAGCCCUUCGAGAUUUAUCUCUCCCGAUGACCCGAUCUACAGGUCUAUGGUUGGUAGAAUACAGGAGUUGGAGACUGCCGUAUUACGGAAGAAGGACAGGAGUAUUGUCGAAGGGUGGUUGGAAUCGUCGUCAUACGAAGAAAGGCGCAAGCUGGAGCGUACAGUAGCAGAUCUACAACGUAGUGUUAAGCGGAUGCAGUCUCGCGAUGAGGUUGGUAUUAAUCGUGCUGAGAUAAGGUAUCUUAGGUUGCCAGGCGAAAGAUACGUUUGA